AGCGUCGUCCCGCAGUGCAAAAAGCGGAGCAGCGGCGAGACGAGCGGACUCGGCGUGACAGAGGGGGCCGUUAAAACACUGCCGUGGAGAAACAUAUCCGACCACCGUUCGAAACCCGUGUUAAACCAAGAAGGCUGCCAUGGAGUCCUAUGACAUUCUGGCAAACCAGCCGGUUGUGAUCGAUAAUGGUUCAGGGGUUAUCAAAGCAGGGUUUGCAGGUGACCAGAUCCCCAAAUAUUGCUUCCCCAACUAUGUGGGACGUCCCAAACAUGUGCGUGUGAUGGCAGGAGCCUUGGAGGGGGACCUUUUCAUUGGACCCAAGGCAGAGGAGCACAGGGGCUUGUUGUCAGUGCGGUAUCCCAUGGAGCAUGGAAUAGUAAAAGACUGGAAUGACAUGGAGCGGAUCUGGCAAUAUAUUUAUUCGAAGGAGCAGCUUCAGACUUUCUCCGAAGAGCACCCUGUCCUGCUGACUGAAGCGCCUCUCAACCCCAGUAUCAACCGGGAGAAGGCUGCAGAGGUGUUCUUUGAGACCUUCAACGUCCCUGCUCUCUUCAUCUCCAUACAAGCGGUUCUUAGUCUGUAUGCCACAGGCCGUACCACUGGUGUGGUGUUGGAUGCAGGUGAUGGUGUAACCCAUGUAGUGCCCAUCUAUGAAGGCUUUGCAAUCCCCCAUUCCAUUAUGCGUGUUGACAUUGCUGGGAGAGACGUUUCCAGAUACCUCCGUCUUCUGCUACGUAAAGAAGGCUACAACUUCAACACCUCUGCAGAGUUCGAGGUGGUUCGCACCAUCAAAGAGAGGGCUUGUUACCAGUCUCUCAAUCCCCAAAAGGAUGAAACUCUAGAAACGGAGAAGACUCAGUACAUACUCCCUGAUGGGAGCACACUAAAUAUUGGGCCGGCCAGGUUCCGUGCCCCCGAGCUGCUGUUCAGGCCUGACCUGAUAGGAGAUGAAAGUAAGGGUAUCCAUGAGGUCCUGGCAUUUGCUAUCCAGAAGUCUGACAUGGACCUCAGACGCACACUCUUUUCCACUAUCGUGUUGUGUGGCGGAUCCACGCUGUUCAAAGGUUUUGGGGAAAGGCUACUAACCGAGCUGAAGAAGCUUGCACCAAAAGAUGUGAAGAUCAAGAUCUCUGCUCCUCAAGAGAGGCUCUAUUCCACAUGGAUUGGUGGCUCUAUCCUGGCAUCUCUGGACACCUUUAAAAAGAUGUGGGUGUCAAAGAGGGAAUAUGAGGAGGACAGAACACGUGCCAUCCACAGGAAGACCUUCUAAACCGGGCAUGUGCGGUCGAUAUUGCCCCCUGAACUUUCCUCCGCCUCCCUUGCCAUAAUGUUUGAGACUUCCAUAUUAGUUAGCUACCUGCAGCAGUAAUCUCUUGGUACCUCUGUAUUAUCCCUUACUCAACCACCUGCUUAACGCACUGUUGACUUUAUUUCACCAACAGCUACAGACACACACACACACAUUUGGGUGUGGCCGUUUUUGUAUGUUCUUCUUGGUUAGGCUUUCCUCCUUCCUACUUUAACCUGCGCAUGAGUCUGGCUCCUGCCCAUUACCAUUCUGCAGUUUAACUCCCAAACACCCACAGGAACUGGGCAGCCAGGCCGUGCCAGAGGGCAGCUGUCCGCACACCGGACUGUCUGCUACGUGUACCACUACAGCCGGCGGUCGGCUGUGUUUAAGUCUGCUCUGCAGUAGGAAUAAGGCUCUCUCUCACCCAGCAUUAAGCCCCCGUGUAGGAUAUCGUCAGAAGUCUAUGAAGGUGAUUCGUUAUGUUUUUGUUUGUUUUUUUGCUACUGUAGAAAUUUUCAUUCCAAACUGACGAGAUAUUUUCUCUAAGGUUCUCAUCGCAGGACUACGUAGUGCUAACUUCAGUGGGUUGGAUAAAAGGUAAAAAGAUAACCACUGUGUUGUAUGUGUGGCCUAAACGUCACAACUACCAUCAUGGCACAAAGUUGUGGACGGAGUCAUAAAUGUUGAUCAGUUCAUCUCGUUGUUCAUUUUGUUUUGUCGUUAAAUGUAUAAGAUGAAGAUCCCAUUUCUUUGUUGAUGUGGCCAAUGUACAGCGAGUCCGUUUACUUCGCCGUGGUUUCUCCAAGUGGAAGGACGUCACACAAACACUCAUCUUACUCCCCCUGUUUUGAUAGAGCUGUUUGCUAAACUGAGUUGCAUGUCAGUUAGUUGUAUACAGUUAUUAAAGAUGCCCAUUUUUUGUUUUUCAGUUCUAGAGUAUGUUAUUUUGACAGCGAAGAACAGAGAUACCGCAGAACCCAUUUAAGUUUAAUUUAAGACUUUAGGUUUAUUACUGUAAGCAGUUCAAAUACCACUGAAGCCAUGAGGGAGACUGGUUAAAUUUAAUGAUUUCCUAGACAUUUUCAAACGAACGGUAAUUAUAAAGCUGAGAGAAGCAUCUGUGCAGAAUAACCGUAGCCCCUUAAGCAUGUCACCAACAUAAAAUGGCUGAUCAUUAUUCUGUUCCAACUGUUCUACUCUAUCUUCUCCAUGCACUUAGUCGGUUCCGAGUCUCAUGAUUUUCCUGCAUAUCAGCAGCAGUGACGGGGUUGUGUACAAAAUUGUAUCCGCCUUAAGUGCAGCCGCACUGGAACGUCUACAUCUUUUUUGUGUUUUUCCAAAAAAAAAAAGAAAAAAGGUUUAAACUUCAUCAGCCUUGUGUACAGUGGAAUGCUCUUUAAAAAUGACCACCACAAAAAGGAUAACGGACUAAAAAUGUACAAUACUGUUUAUUCAAGUGUUGCUUUGACUUUUCAUAAAAUCAAUAAAAUAAGUUAUUGGCUGCUG